CUCCCCGCCGGGUGGCCAUGUUGCAGUCCUAGCAGCCAGCGCGGAGGCGGCGGGCCGGGGAGAGCGCAGCGCCCUGCAACCGCGAUGGCCGUGGCCGUGGGGAGACCGGCGAGCGAUGACCUUAGGAACCUGUCCCUCUCCGGCCAUGUGGGCUUCGACAGCCUCCCUGAUCAGCUGGUCAACAAGUCAACGUCGCAGGGCUUCUGCUUCAACAUCCUCUGCGUGGGUGAAACUGGCAUUGGCAAAUCAACGUUGAUGGACACUCUGUUCAACACCAAGUUUGAAAGUGAACCUGCGACGCACAACGAGCCUGGCGUGAGAUUGAAAGCCCGGAGUUACGAGCUCCAGGAGAGUAAUGUCCGUCUGAAGCUGACUAUUGUCGACACAGUUGGAUUUGGCGAUCAAAUUAACAAAGAUGACAGCUACAAGCCCAUAGUAGAAUAUAUCGAUGCGCAGUUUGAAGCCUACCUACAAGAGGAGCUGAAGAUCAAACGGUCCCUGUUUAAUUACCACGACACCAGAAUUCAUGCCUGCCUGUAUUUCAUUGCACCAACUGGACACUCGUUGAAGUCCCUAGACUUGGUCACCAUGAAGAAGCUCGACAGUAAGGUGAACAUCAUCCCCAUCAUUGCCAAGGCUGACACCAUUGCAAAAAAUGAGCUGCACAAGUUCAAGAGUAAAAUCAUGAGCGAGCUGGUCAGCAACGGCGUCCAGAUCUACCAGUUCCCAACGGAUGAAGAGACAGUGGCUGAGAUAAAUGCCACGAUGAGUGUCCACCUUCCUUUUGCUGUAGUUGGCAGCACUGAAGAAGUGAAGAUCGGCAAUAAGAUGGCAAAGGCCAGGCAGUACCCCUGGGGUGUUGUGCAGGUUGAAAAUGAAAAUCACUGUGACUUUGUGAAGCUGCGGGAGAUGCUGAUCCGAGUGAACAUGGAGGACUUGAGAGAGCAGACGCACACCCGACACUAUGAGCUGUACAGGCGAUGCAAACUUGAAGAGAUGGGAUUCAAGGACACAGAUCCAGACAGCAAGCCGUUCAGUCUCCAAGAGACUUACGAAGCAAAGAGGAACGAAUUUCUGGGUGAGCUUCAGAAGAAGGAGGAUGAAAUGAGGCAGAUGUUUGUCAUGCGGGUGAAGGAGAAGGAAGCAGAGCUGAAGGAAGCAGAGAAAGAUCUUCACGAAAAGUUUGACCAUCUAAAGAGGACUCACCAAGAAGAGAAGAAAAAAGUGGAAGACAAAAAGAAGGAACUUGAGGAAGAGCUGAACAACUUUCAAAAGAAGAAGGCAGCGGCUCAGCUAUUACAGUCACAGGCUCAGCAGGCAGGUUCUCAACAAACCAAGAAAGACAAGGACAAGAAAAAAAAUCCUGUCAUGAGGAACGUGCACGUGUUUUAGUGUGUCCUGUCAGUGUUGCUCCACACCAGUGCAAGCUUCACAUAAAGCCUGUCAAGCCAAGGAUGUUCCUGCAUUCACCUGCUUUUGCAGUAAUGUGUCUCUGCCAUCUGUUUUCUUUCUUUUUUCUUUUUUUUUUUUUUUUUUUUUUCCCAUUUUUUUUAACAUGAAUAACUAUUAACUCAUCUAAUAACAUAGUGGGAACAAGGAGGAGGAAGGAUUGGGUACAGGACUGUAUGCAACUGGAAGUUCAGGGGUGGGUGGAGGGGCAAGGAAACUAUACCAUGUAUUUUUCUCAUCAAAACCAGCAGCAGUAAAUCAUUCCUGGCCCCAAAUUUGAACUGAGAGUCCGGGCUGGAUGUCAGCAGCCCGGGUGAGCAUUGUUGACUGGAUCAGGUCCUCGGUGCUGCUGGCCUACCCAGCUCUCGGAGGGCUGGUAGCCGUAGCCCUGUGCUGAAGGGCUCCUUGGUUCUGCAGAAACCAGCCUCGGGGAAUUCCUGCUCUACGAGGGUCACAGCCCAGUCCCCGGCGUGGCCAGACCCCGGGGUUUAGUCUUGACCCACGUUCCUUCAGUAGUUAAUGCAUUAGAGCAGCCCCAGUCCCGCUGCUGGGGGAGAGGGAGGGGGGUAUGUGUGUAUAGAUAACAAAAGUUUAACUCACCUUGCAUGCCAUUACACUUGCAUGAUACUUGUGUUUAUUAGUCCCUGGUUUUGUUGUCUGACUUGAUUGUACUAGUUGGCUUGGAUUUAUUGUCAUGUGCUGGCCUAUUUUUACAGCCACCCUUCCAGCUCAGUGUAGUAGCUACCUGCUGAACACUGCGGUGGGAGCUGAGCGGCCGCUGCAGGUGCCUGGGAGAAGGACCAUGGCUGGUUACUGCUUUCCAUGUAUUACUUGCCUGACCGUAACCUUUGAAACCUCACUUAAAAUAGUACCCGGUUUCCAAUGUGCACAAUCUUAGCAAGACUUAGCAGCCCUUUUGGCAUCAAAUGCCUGGGCAGGGGGGGAGGACGUAGCCUCCGGGAGGAUUCCUGCACACACUUAAGCACAGACUUCAGAGCUGCGGGAUCCCGAAUUUCAUGUGAAGGGAGAGAGGGUGCCCGGGCACACAUUCCCCGUGCUUCCUCCUCCCCAGCCCUCCGGCACCACGGGCAACGUCCCAUCUAGACAUCCCUCGAGCAUGCAAAGGAGAUUUAGUGCAAGCCAGGCCCCGCUCUGUGGCCAGUGCGGGGUGGAAAUGGGUCUGUUUAACGUGCAUUUUCUAUGCCAUCGCUUUUUGGAUAGAGUCUUCUCUUCCUUCCCAAGAAGUGGCGAGCCAUGCUUACCUUCCAACUUCUGCAUUUCUUUCUCUUCUGCUGAUGUUCAGCCAGCGUUUCCGCUGCUCCUAGCUAAGUGGUCUGUUUCUUUCUUUAAAGCAUUCUUAAAAUAACUCUUUCCACCUAAGUCUCAUGCACUGCAGUUCUUUGCUUGUUUCCAGCAUAGAAUUUCUUUCCUCUCUCGGGGGGGGGAGGGAAAAAAAAAAAAAAAAAAAAAAGGCAGAAUUAUCAUCUUUUCUGAAGUAUUGGAUUGGGAAGUGUGUCUGGGGGUUAGCUUUUGGGUUGUCUUGCUUUUUAACCCUUGCUGCUUAAACAUGGCUUUGGGAAGAAGAUAUCUAAAUAUGAUGUCUUGGACAGACAGCAAAAAUUGAUUGGAGAUAAAGAAGUUGGAAAUAAAGUAGUUGAGCCUUUUCUGUUUUUUUCUUCAGUUGUUUUGUUGUUUUUAUUUUGUUUUGUUCUGGUUUGUUUUGUUGUUUUUGUUUUGUUUUUUUUUUUUAAUCACACCUCCUGGUUUUAUCAACCAUGAUGCACUUUCUGUCAAGUUACAUAGGUUUGCUAUGGGGUUGUUUGGAAAAAUGAAACUAUGGUUCUGGUGGCUUCUGGCAAUCCCGGCUUUAAAAUUUUGACUUAUCAAGGAAGAAAUUUGGUUCUUGGCAUGAGGUUUUUUUUACAGUCGCAUCAUAUGCACAUCACUGAAUGCUCAUGGCGGUAUGCUUUGUUUCAGCUGUCUCUGUACAUGUCCUCUUUUUAAUUACCAGCAUAUUGUGCCAAGUAGAAAAAAUUUUAACAUUUAUUUUUCCUGCUUCAUUUAACAGCCCUUUCAAGGGAUGCUUGGCAGGGGAAAUCAGCUGAGUCUAGCUAUAUAUAUUUUAAAAGAAUUUUUUUUUUUUUUUUUAACAGAAAGCUGUGACCAAGUGCAUCAAUGUAUUUUUGGUUGAGUUUCUUUCUCCAGCAAAAAGCCAGCUGUUUUGUAGAGAAACCAGGAAUAAACGGUAAACUUGCAAAAGCUAAAGGUACUGGUUGUUUUUUUGCCGAAGGAGAUGUUAAUGACUUUUUUUCUCCUUGACCCCCCUGGGCCAUGUUUAGCCUGUUGCUGCUGCACUUAUUUCUUUUCUUUACUUACGCCUUUUUUCACAGUAGCCCCUGACUCUGCAUGGAGUAAAUGAUACACUCAAAUCUAGUUGGAUGCGCUUCCACCUUUGCAUGUAAGUACAGUAGUAAGGGACUCACCAUUUCUGCCUCACUACUGACAUGAAACCAGGUGUGUGUUUCUGGGGAGUUCUUUAAGUCCGCUUACUUACGAGUGGCACGGUUAAAGCGACUUGAAAACUUUCUGCAAUAACCUGCUUUUGCCGAGAGGUUGCCGAGAGGCCGUAGGGAGCACGACACCUUGCUGGAGCGGCUCUGCAGCCUCGGACGUGCACUGGGCAGCGAUGGUAACGGGCUGCCAGGUCCUGGGGCGGCGUGCCAGCCGUAGAAUAAUGUAAAGGAGCAGGAAGGCACGCGUAAAGGUGUGUUUUCUGGGUUGAGGGUGUGCCCGGGGCCUGGGAUGAGCCCCAGGAGUGGGAAAACGAACCAGAGGGAGGUCGCUGAGAGGGGCGGCGGGUGCUCUGUAGAGGUGGGCACGCGUGUGUCUGGCAGCCAGCCGAAAAGGCGGAGGUGACUAAGGGUUCGCUCCCCCCAAACCUCGCUGGGGUCGCCCACUCGCCUUCCGGGAGGGCAGUAAGAGGGGAGGAGCCCGGGGAGCCUGUGGCCGUUAAAUGCAUCGCCUUGCAUCUCCUGCGGCGCGGGGUGCUGCCGGGGAGGGGGGAGCAGUGACUGGCACCCACCCCCGGCUCCUCUGCUGCCUGAGAACUGCAACUCGGGUCAAACCCUCUGCGCCCCUUGGACGGCUUGAAGUCCCGUCAAGGAGAUGCAUAUCUCUGUGUCUCUCUUUAUCCACGUCUUUAUUUAACAUGACCAGUGUUUCUCCGGGUAGCUCUCAUUCUGCUUCUCCUAAAAUGUCCAAGUGAGAAUGGAAAUGUCUUUUUGUGUGUGAUCAUAUCGGAUAUGUCCAUUUGAAUCCAGUUACCGUUUGCCCUUCUAAGAUGUUACAAGAGUGUGUAUUUGUCUCUUCUCCGAGGACCCUGGUUGCAUUUGCAGUAUACGAUGUCCGUGAUGCUCUCAUCAGCGUGUAUCAGCAUGGAACUGUACAAAUAUUAUGAAGGGUUUUUUUAAUUAACAGAAAAUAAAGCUGUGAACAGCGGUA